AUGGUACUUCAAGGAGUGCCGCAUGUUGUGAAUUUUGCGUUAGGAACGCUAACUAAAGGAAACGUCGAGGAAAAGGUAAUGAUUUUUGAUUUUUUGACUUAAUUUUUAGGGGUUUGAAGAAAUGGAGAAGUGAAGAUGUAUAUUGGCUCUUUUGUUUUUUCCAGAAGUUUUCUAACAGUAGGGAUGACGUACAUUAUUGCAUUUUAAUUGCUACAACAUAAUUUACGUAUAAAAAAUGUUGGAAAGUAAUAUAAAUUGAAGAAAAGAUAUAAAUUACAGUGAUCAUAUUGUACACUCACUAAGACGACAAUUUUACAAAUUUCAGGCCGACAUGUUAAGGCAGGUAAUGCCUGACAGUUCGCCGGAAACUCGAAGCUGGUUUGUCUCUUUAAUUGUUGGACGAAUUACGAAUGCGGACAUACGGUCGAUCGAAGUGUUAUGUCAUCUUAUCCAUCACAUGAACUCGGAUCUUUUAUGGGAACAAGUUGUGGAAGAGACGGUGUUACAAGCUCGACAAAUCAUUAAUGGUUUAGUUAAUCCGCCUAGUGGAGGGCCUCAGAAGGCGCUACGAAAUCUGGGUGGCUUCUUGGGAUUGUUAACGAUUGGAGCUGAUAGGCCUAUUCUAUUGGACACGUUGGACUUAAAAAGGAGUUUAAUUGACGCUAUUGGAGAGAGCGAUGAUAAGAUGGCGAGAGUUCUGCCUUUUUUAGUUCAUUCUUUGAAGGCUAGCGCGAGGAGUACGGUAAGGACGGUUAAUCGUUAUUUUUGAAUAUUAUUUUUGUGAACAUUUAAAUUUUAAUGAGAUAUAGUUUUAGAUUUUCCACCCAGCUUGUUCGUGGCUAGCCCCGAUUUUUCACCUCCUAGAACAACUUCAAAACGAGCCAGAGCUAAAAAUGGUGUUCAAUUUAGAGAUUCAGAGCUUGUUUACGGAACUUCGCGAGAAUUCAGGGCCUUCACUAGUGGAUGACAUUGAUAAACUACCUUCUAGAGCAACCCCAAUCGAACAGGAUUGCCCACCAAGACUGCCUUUACCUACUGCAGCUCAGGCAUUUACGAAUGCUUUUGGAUUUCAAUCAAACAUGUAUAACAUGCAUGCUUCUGAUAGUCAAAUGGUAGGGGUUUUGUGAUAAUAAUUGAGUUUAAAUAACGUGAUUUUACUUUAAAAUUUGCUUUUUAAUACCCCAUUUUCAGUCAUCAGCGUUAUGUCAAUACUACCCUCAAGACCUAGCACCCGACUUGUACGAUAUGCCGUACUCGCCGACCGAAUCGAUGGGAUCUCAGUUUAAUACUAAUUUCUUCAAUCCUGCUUUUAUGCAAGGGCCACCAAAGAGGAACAUGUUUAAUAAGUUGCAUCAUACCCACUCGGCGCCAAGUUUGGAUCAGCUAGGAAUGAGGGAUUCUCCACAAGGAGUCGUGAACUUCAAUUGUAACCCGAGCUACGGAAUGCCGAGCACGCAGCGAACUGGUGUGUAGGAGUAACAUUUUAUUUUUAUAUUUUUUAAAAAAAUCUUUGAAAAGCGAUUUUUGAUGAUUGUUAAAUAGGUUUAUAUACUAUAACACGUGGUGUUUUAGUUUUCUGUAUUAUAAUUUAUGUUGUUUUAGUUAAUAUUCCAUUUUCAAAGGACCAAAAGUACUUGUGGGAUGUUAUCCAACGACUAAACUUUAAUUGUACUCAACUGUUCAAAGUGAUUCCAAAGACGAAAGAAUACGUCAUUGAAGCUAUUCAGCCUUUGAUUAAUGAUGCGGAAAGUAAGGCCUAAACAAUUUUUUUGUUGUUAAUCUUUCCAUCAUUUGUAACACGCUCUUAAUGGUUAACAUACCUAUGAUAACCAACUCUACCUCUUCAAUAUAACUAACUUUACCCCUUCAGAAACCGUUUCUCAAAUCCUGUCUCGUUUGAGUGACUCCGUGAAGCAAAGCGCUCUCACAAUACUGUACCGUGACAUGGUACUAGUGGAAGAUCCGGUCGUUUUAACAAUGGCAUUUCAAUCUACAUUCCGAGUACUUUUGUACGCAAUGUACGAACCACGAAGUGCGAUCGAAGUUCUAAGAGAUAGAUACACGGAAGCAAUUCGAAAAGCGAUGGAGAAGACGUCGGAACAAGUUGGACAAAAGGUGGAGGCCAUGAGGACGAUCUUUGAUCAUGCUAGUCAGGAAUUCAUUAUUGUAGGGAUUUGUUUUGUUUUUGGAUGGGCCUUAUAGCAUUUUUUUUUGAUAUUUGGGGGUUUUUAAGAAUGCGAAAUGUUUUUUUUGCAUUUAUAUUUACAGGGUGUCCCAAGAAAUUUGCAGGAUUUUAAAAAUUUGUAAUUCAUCUUUAAGUGAUGGCUGAAAUACCAAACUUGGUACGGUGGAAGUAUGGCCAAUGUAUAUUUUUUGUGAAGAAUUUUGGGAUUUUAGAGUGCAUAUGAAGGUCGUUAUGAAUUUUUGAAAAAACCCAUCUUUACCCCGAAAUACACAUAUUUUCAGUUGAAAAUCACUUUUUUCAUCAAAAAUUUCUUUUUAGCUGUUUUGUGGUUGGAAAUGCAUUUUUGAGAUGAAAAUUUAUGUUCUCCGCAAUGGCGAAGAGUCGGCGGACGCUUUAAAUCAUCGGCGGAGGCCAUAACUCGUUUCAAACUUUAUGGAUAAACUUGAAACUAAAACCGAUUUUCUUAAAAUUUUAUGCGCUAUCUUCCGAUGUAUGUAUUCCAUCGAAAUGUUAGGUAAAAACAAAAGGUUACACAAAAGAGACAAAUCAAACGCAUAUUAAGGUAAAAUGUGUAAUGUUGUUUAUAUGGGCAUAGGUAUAGAAAAAAAAGUUAUAAGGUUUUUAUUUAGGAAAUUUAAGUUACUUAUUUCACCUUUUUUAGUAUUAUAUUGUAAAAACUACCCAAAACAUAAACUGCAACUGAAAAAUUCCACGAAGUUUUAUUCUAAUAUUUAUCUUUUUAAAAUAUAGACCAAAAAUUAACUUUUUAUGAUGCUAAUAACUUAAACUUUUAAGUUUCUGUUUUUGCCUUAACAUUUCAACACAAUUUAUACACCGGAGGAUAGCGCAUAAAAUUUUAGAAAGAUCGGCUUUGGUUUCAAGUUUAUCCAUAAAGUUUGAAACGAGUUAUGGCCUCCGCCGAUGAUUUAAAGCGUCCGCCGACUCUUCGCCAUUGCGGAGAACAUAAAUUUUCAUCUCAAAAAUGCAUUUCCAACCACAAAACAGCCAAAAAGAAAUUUUUGAUGAAAAAAGUGAUUUUCAACUGAAAAUAUGUGUAUUUCGGGGUAAAGAUGGGUUUUUCAAAAAUUCAUAACGACCUUCAUAUGCACUCUAAAAUCCCAAAAUUCUUCACAAAAAAUAUACAUUGGCCAUACUUCCACCGUACCAAGUUUGGUAUUUCAGCCAUCACUCAAAGAUGAAUUACAAAUUUUUAAAAUCCUGCAAAUUUCUUGGGACACCCUGUACUGUUUGCCUAAAAUACAUGAUAAAACAUUUAGGCGAACAAAUUUGUGAUUGUCGAGUUGAUCAGUCAAACAAUCGACCAAUUCGCUUUCGAUAUGGCCCAAAUGGAGUACGAAAAGAUGAUGUACGAGCGGUCGAUCACACUACGAACGAACGCUCCACGACCAGAAAUGGCUAGGUUCAUAGGCCAUCCACAUUCAAUGCACGUCCUAAAUGCAUCGUUACCUCCAAAGUUACGAAGACACGUCUUGUUAGAAGCCAAGGAGCAUGUAAUACUAGACAAUUUUGAAUCGAUGGCGAAACAACUUCAAUCUCAUUUGUACACGUUGUUCACAUUUAAACCUCCGAAGGAAGAAACGAAGACGGAAUUGCCGGCUGUACUACCGAAGGUGUCAAGGGAAGAUUUCCAAUUGAAAGCAUCGUUGGAGUCAACAUUACCUGAUUGUAUUAGUGGGUAAGAAUAAGGUCUUUUAAAAUGGCAUAAGGAUACAUAGCUAUUUUUGAGUGCAAUUGAUAUCUUCAAAACUAAAAAGCAAAUUUUCAGAUCGCCAGUAAUAACCCCAACAGAAAAGAAGAUGACCCUAGAGUCACGAGCUGUCGGUUCUCAACUUCUAAGCCAAUCAACAUCACAAGCCCAAGCCGAGAGAGUUUUUUUUGAUGAAUCGAUCGAAAAACUGUUCAAAGAUUGGUGUAUUGCGUUGAAGAAUGGUUUGUACGAAAACUCACGAGCUCAUAGUACAGUAAUCACUCAACUAUACGAACUUGGCGUAACGCAAGAUGAAUCCAAAAUCAGUCGAUUUGUCUACGUUGGAAUGCAGAUUUGUUUGGAAGCGGCGAAUUUGCUGGAAAAACAGGUGGGUUUUUGGAUAUUAUACUAGUUUUUAUAAUAUGUUUUUAGGUACAAAAUUUGAUUGUAAAAUACGAAAUUAAAAAACUUUGUAGUCGUGGUAUAAAAGUUUGAAAAAAUUAGCAUGUACUUAGUGUCCGCGAAAAGCGGAGGCAACGGGCGUGGCCCGAUACCCCCGACUUACUGCAUUAACAUAAUGGUCAGUCGUCCACACAAUCAAAAGGGGUAUCGGGACCACGCUCGGUCGCCUGGUCUUUUAAUAAUUGUGUUUUUGGUAAUAUUAUAUUUUUUGAUUGUUUUAUCAUCGUGCAUAUUGUCGAGUUAUUGUAUGUUUUCUGUUUCGGUUUAUUAACCCAAGUUUGAGGGUGUAACAAUAAAUCCUAUCAAGUGAAAUUCUCGGAUCGUCGGAAUUCUUCACACUUAGCAAAAUCACUCUGUUUUAGGAUAGCAAGGACCGUAUAGCCGCGUCGAGACAAAUCCACAGCUACGUGACCGCCUUCUUGGCCAUGAUCGACUGUGUAGCGGAGUUGGAACAGGAAAAGAAUGAGAAACGAUUGCAUUUUGUACAAACGGUUGGUGGCGCCAUGGUCAAGUUGAUCACGGAAAACUUUGCCGAAGACGUGGUAGCAUCCGUAGGGUAUCUUCAAAGAAGCGUAUACUACUAUGCCUUGAGGUCGUUGUCCAUAAGCCAACUAAGGUCGGGGACAAUGUGUGCUGUGCCGUUUGUCGAGUUUUUGUGGUAGGGUUUUUGGUUAUUUUGAGGUUUUUCGAUAGGAAAAUUAUUUUAUAUUGAUUUUGUAUGUGGAAAAAUUUGUUUUUGAAAAAUCAAUGUGAUUGCUGUAUAUUUUGGAGUAAACAUGCCAUUUCUGUUUUAUAGUAUGCAAAUUUUUCAGCCGAGCAUACGAAAAGCUGAACCCAGUGAACCUGCCCGCCUUCACCGAGUCCUACAUCCUUCUCAUCGUCCAGCCAACGUUUUUAAGCACGUUGUUUGAUCCGGAACUGGUCUCGAAACAAACAGCAUCGUCCCUCUUCAUGCUACUUCAUUCCCCGGUAUUAACUGUACUGAAAGACCUAAUGGAAAGUGGCGUCAGCAAUGUAAAACCGGAGGUCCUGAGCUUAUAUUCGGCCAACUCGCAGAUCAUUAAGUUGUUGUACACAUAUUAUCCACAAGUUUUACAAGAUUUUCACUUUACAUACGUGGAAAUGCUGCCGAGGUUGUGCCUUCACUUGAGGAAUUAUGUGUUGGAUGCGGCGGUGGAGUCAAACAGGUCGAGUUAUGAUCCCAAGAGAACGUUCGCUGAUGUGAGUUUUGUUUUUGGGUUUUUUAGUUUAUUUUAAUCUUUUUCAAUAAUUAUCCUUGUCAUAUAAUCGUGUUUAUUUUGUUUUUGGUUUUUCAAAUAGUGAUUUUAUAUUUUAACUACGAUUUGUUGUUAUUUUGUGAACGAGUCCUUCAUUUUUCCCCAAUUUCAGUACUGCAAAACGCCUCAAAUGAACACGAAUCCGCUGGUCCACGCCGACUUGGCCAAUGUAAUUUCGGAAGAGUUAAAAACAGCCGUCGAUGACUACCUUCAACACCGCUCAUCAAUCGAAUCCUUGUGCAAUCUCUGCACCUUCCUAAAGCAACCGAGCGAUGUGAACAGGACGACGCAGUACAACUUGACAUUGAUCAAUAGUCUAGUGUUAUAUCUGGGUGUGAAUGCAAUCGACGAACUCAAGAAGACAAAGCAACAAGUCACGGUAUUCAGCUCACAAAACACCGCCGAAGCCAAUGUGUUUAGGUAUUUGAUGGUAUCGUUGUGCAGUGAAGGUAGGUCGAGGUUUUGUUAUGUGAUAUGGUAUGAUAGGUUGUUAAGGCUGUUUUGCAAAGUUUUUUUGAAAUAUAUGAGGAAGAAGUAAAAACUAUUAAAAAUGUGAUGAAGCCUUGAAGAUUAGAAAAGUUAUCAUAUAACUUUUUAGGCCUCUUCCGACUCUUCACCUCAAUGACGGACCAACUCCGGAACGCCAGCACACAUACCGCCUUCUUCGCGUCCCUGGUAUUACACAUGUUCCAAACAGCACACUCAGAUACGAUCCGAGAAAUCAUCACAAGGAUAUUGUUGGAACGACUACUUGCUAGCCGGCCGCAUCCCUUCGGAGUGAAAGUUGUAAUGGCAGAACUUCUCACAAACCAAGAGUACAAGUUCUUCGAACUACAGUUUGUUCACAGUUCGCCCAUUGUGGAACGGUGAGUUUUGUGAAAUGUUAGGUCAAAUAAUAAUCAAAUUGGUGCCUACCACAAGUUUUACAAUUAAGAAUGUGUAGAUGUUUUAAAAUAAAUGUUAGGAGCUUAUCUUGAGCUCAUAAGCUAAAUUCUCUCUUUUCAGAAUCGUAGUGUCUUUGUCAAAGUACCUUGGUAUCGAGCUGAAUGCAGAAGUGAUCAACGACACGUUCAAGUUCUUCCCCCUCAAGAAGAAGGAGGACAAACCAAUAAUGAUGACGCGGAUUCCAGAAUCCAUCAGCAAUGAAGAAGCACAACGACAGCGAACUGCAGCCAUGAGGUGA